AUGAAGCUCUCCGUUGCCAUCCUUACUGCCUUCUUCGGCUUUUCCAUGGCGCUUGCCGUGCCUAAUGCUAAGGAUGUCUCUGAGCAAGCUGUUCCCAACAGCCAACAUUCCCUUGUUCAGAGAAAUGUCUACUGUCCUUCGAAUAAGCCAACCGAAUGCUGUGGUUGUUCCGGCGGGUUCGGAACUUGCAUCAACUACAGUUGUGUUUGCCAAGGCUGUUAG